UCACUGGCAGAGUCUUCAGGACAGGACACAACUAGGUAGAGCUGAUCAGGGAGACCGUCCACAAGAAAAGUAGGCGAUGUUGCAGCUAGGAUAUUGUUUAUGGACAUUGUGGGAAGGCUGUUGAUACAGUCCAGGAAGGCUUGUAGGUAUUUUCAAGCUGAAAGGUUGAGGUAGCCUCAUAACCGCAGUAUUUUUAGAUCACUUCUGAAAGGUAUUAAAAAAUGUCGUCUCCAAGUCCGGGCAAGAGGCGAAUGGAUACCGACGUGGUGAAACUCAUUGAGAGUAAGCACGAGGUCACUAUCCUAAGUGGACUCAAUGAAUUUGUGGUCAAGUUCCAUGGACCACCUGGAACACCGUAUGAAGGAGGUGUGUGGAAGGUUCGGGUGGAUCUACCGGAUAAAUACCCCUUCAAAUCACCAUCAAUAGGGUUCAUGAAUAAAAUCUUUCAUCCCAACAUUGAUGAAGCGUCAGGAACUGUGUGCUUAGAUGUCAUCAACCAGACGUGGACAGCUCUGUACGACCUCACCAACAUCUUUGAGUCGUUCCUCCCUCAGCUGCUCGCCUACCCCAACCCCAUCGAUCCUCUUAACGGGGAUGCUGCCGCCAUGUACCUCCACCGGCCAGAGGACUAUAAACACAAGAUCAAAGAGUACAUCCAGAAGUAUGCCACAGAGGAGGCUCUAAAGGAGCAGGAGGAGGGUGGGGGUGACUCCUCUUCCGAGAGUUCCAUGUCAGACUUUUCUGAAGACGAGGCUCAGGACAUGGAGUUGUAGUGAAGGCAAAGCUGCCUUCACCUUUCAACAGACUGUCAUUUCCUAAAGAGCAGAACCUCGGUACUAUAUUCAUAUUUAAACAAGACAGUUUUUUACAGCAACACAAGGAUUUUUAUUGCUACAUGAGGAUUUGCAGUAUGACAAAUAAAUCCAUAUUUAGGGAUUCAUCAACUGCUUUCUCCCCCUCAUCAUCUUCCUGAGAGCCACUCUUGAUCAAAAAGGAGUGCUUUGUUAUUUCUGGUAAUCUUUAGUGGCAUCAGGUUUAUCGACAGAGGCUGAACUGAACCAUGAGACCAACGCAGGAGGACAGUCAUCAACACAUUUUCCCACAGGCCACAUUUCACCACCUGUUGCGGUGUUUUCUUUAAUCAGUGUUCCACUGCAUCAUUAAGCAUCUUUCCUCUCGCUGUCAGCUGAUGCCGGAUGACAAUCCACAAUUUCUGAGCAGUUUCAUCUUUAAAAGAGGGAGGAAAAGCUUCUUUUUUUUUUACACGCUGCCAUCAUGAGGAGCUGCCAUUACAAUCAUCUCUUUUAAAGAGCCGAAGACCACAGUGUGUGUUCAGUGUACAGACUGCAGAUGGCCUCUCCAACAGGACAGCACUCGGUGCAAACCUGCAAAUGCAUCGCACAUUAUCAAAAAGCAUCAGCCAUGACGAUUCACACAAAUGCCACAGCAUGUGUGUGUGUCGGUGUGUGUGUCUGUGUGUGUAUGCAUGAAUGUAAUCCAUUGAUAACCUGUGUUGUGCUGGCCCCUGAUGCUCAGCAGAAAUCAGGAGAGAGGCUCAUAACCCUUAAACCCUCUGCUCUUCAGCACCCACUUCUUCCUCCUCGUCCUCCUCCUCCUCUCCGUUUUAGGAAAGUGUUUGCCAUUCUCUGAGUAUCUUUGUGUAUCGUGGCAUGACACAGAAGUAAAGUUUGUGUAGGCCUUUGUGGAGCUGCAUCGCUGUGGUCUUGAAGAGGACGCCUCUGUGUGUCAGCCUGGGGUUGUUGGGGAUUGUUGUUGAACUUCUUAACUUUGCCUAUUGCUUGUGUUAAACUAUAAUAGGUGUCUGACUUAUGUAGGGAUAGUUAGUUUCUUUGCGGGUGGUGAAUCCUAUCAUAAUGUAUGGUUUAAUAAUUAUAUAAUGCACAAGUUAAAAACUACUUUCCUGUAAAGAUGAGACGAAUAACACAUCUUUGUUAGUAGGAAGACUCCGUUAAAUCGAAUCCUCCAAAGACAUGUUGCACCCCUGCUCCUCUGCACCUCCUUAUGUAAAUGUGUCCAUCAGAAAUGAUUAUCGUUGUCCGACAUAACCGUUUCAGCCAUUCACAUUUACUUUUUCAUGCUUUUGAUAGUUUGUUUUUUCUAAAAUGGUGGGACCAAAAUGUGACAGAUCUGUUUGUUUCAUGUAUCCCGAAUAGGGACUUCUCAGAUUUGAUUUGUGGUUAAAGAGUUUACAUUGAGGUUGAUGAGGUAAAUUAAUAUUAAUCCUCAAAAAAUGGGUCAAACUUUCAUGGGACUGUUUCUACUGCAGUUCAAACGCAAGUUUCUUGUCUGUCAGAAGAUGCUUGAAAAUCUUUUCUGGUUUACACCUGAGAAGGUUUUUGUGCCUGCCAGUGACAGAGUGGUGGAGGUGUUAGAAGUGGGACAGUUUUACUGAUAAAUUUCAUAAGGGGACUGGUCUGUGUUUUCGUGCUGGCUGGAAGCCUGAAACAUGUUUGUAACAUGCACUCAUUGCAAUGCAGAUCAGUAUGUGUUAACUUCUGUAGUCAACAAGCAAAACAAAGAACCUUGCCACCAUCAAAAGGGUAAUUUCUUCUUGUCUGAGGAGAAAUUAGACGAAAUCAGAAACUAAAGUUGUAAUCCCAUCCUAGAAAAUAUUUUGACCUGCAAGAAGGGCUGUUGUGAUAGUGAUAGAUGUCAAGUUCUUCUGACGUGCUAUAAAAGUUUGUGUUAAAGCGCCUCAUUAAAACGGCCCUAAUUCGCCUUUGUUACCAAAUACAAUUUAUGCUGGUGUUAAGUCUUAGGAUGACAUGAUGUCAGUAAAUUUUCAAAUGCUACAAAUACCAACCAUUGACCAGCCUUGUUCGUCAUCAUCCAGAUUCAUCAUUGUGUUUUUUUUUUAUUAACAUGACACAUAUAUUUGAUGCCUAUAAUUUUUCUGAAUGUUUUUAUUUUUAUGUUUUAAGCCCUUUGUCCAGGAUACAGAUGACGAUAUCCCAUUUUUUUUAAAAAGGCAAAAAAAUCAAUAAAUGUGCUUCCCUUGUAACUUGAAAAAGGAAAUAAACCUAAAAAAGAAAUUAUGCUGUUGUCAGUAUUCUGUUGUUGAUGAUAGUUGUAAGUUGAGACGGAAUGUUUUUCCACAUUUAUUCUCCAGGUUUUUAUAAAGUUUGGUUCGCGUUAACUGGAGAUGGACUUAACUGACUGAUAUAUUGGUGUUAUUUUUCAAAUACAACUUUUGCCCACUAGAUGGCAGCACACAGACGUCUUUGUCUUGGAUGUACUUGCACCUUGAAGAUUAAUUGUACUAAUAUUUGACUAGGAAAAAAAUAAUGAAACAAGAGCUUUUAA